GGCCCAGCCGCCGCCGCCGCCCCCGCAGCAGUUCCCGCAGUUCCACGUCAAGUCGAGCCUGCAGAUCAAGAAGAACGCCAUCAUCGAUGACUACAAGGUCACCAGCCAGGUCCUGGGGCUGGGCAUCAACGGGAAAGUUUUGCAGAUCUUCAACAAGAGGACGCAGGAGAAAUUCGCCCUGAAAAUGCUGCAGGACUGCCCCAAGGCCCGCAGGGAGGUGGAGCUGCACUGGCGCGCCUCCCAGUGCCCUCACAUAGUGCGCAUCGUGGACGUCUAUGAGAACCUGUAUGCGGGGAGGAAGUGCCUGCUGAUUGUCAUGGAGUGUUUGGAUGGUGGAGAACUCUUUAGCCGAAUCCAGGACCGAGGCGACCAAGCAUUCACGGAAAGAGAAGCAUCAGAAAUCAUGAAGAGCAUUGGAGAGGCUAUCCAGUAUUUGCAUUCAAUCAACAUUGCCCACCGGGAUGUCAAGCCAGAGAAUCUCUUAUACACCUCCAAAAGGCCCAAUGCUAUACUGAAACUCACUGAUUUUGGCUUUGCCAAGGAAACCACCAGCCACAACUCUUUGACCACUCCUUGUUACACACCAUACUAUGUAGCUCCAGAAGUGCUGGGCCCAGAGAAGUAUGACAAGUCCUGUGACAUGUGGUCCUUGGGUGUCAUCAUGUACAUCCUGUUGUGUGGGUAUCCCCCCUUUUAUUCCAAUCAUGGCCUUGCCAUCUCUCCGGGCAUGAAGACCCGUAUCCGAAUGGGCCAGUAUGAAUUUCCCAAUCCAGAGUGGUCAGAAGUAUCAGAGGAAGUGAAAAUGCUUAUCCGGAACCUGCUAAAAACAGAGCCUACUCAGAGAAUGACCAUCACGGAGUUCAUGAACCACCCUUGGAUUAUGCAAUCCACAAAGGUCCCUCAGACCCCACUCCACACCAGCCGAGUCUUGAAGGAAGACAAGGAGCGGUGGGAGGAUGUCAAGGAGGAGAUGACCAGUGCCUUGGCCACAAUGCGUGUCGACUAUGAGCAGAUCAAGAUAAAAAAGAUUGAAGAUGCAUCGAACCCUCUGCUUCUGAAGAGGCGGAAGAAAGCUCGGGCCCUGGAGGCUGCGGCCCUUGCCCACUGAGCCGCUGUGCCUCCCGCCCCACUGGAGGACAAGCAAUAACUCUCUACAUGAAUAUAUUUUUUAAAUGAAGAGAUACAGACUGUCUACUUCCACCUCCUCUCCUCCUCAGCUGUGUGGAGCCUGGAACUGAGCCUGUGGCUGAAUUCUGCCUUUGGUUCUGGCUACACUGGAGUGGGAGGGGCUGGGGGGCUGUGGAGAGACAGGAGCAAGGUGCUCCUGAACCUGUGCUCAUUUUGCAAUUUUAUCAGUAAUUUGACCUAGAGUUUUUAUGAAAUCUUUUAUUGUCCUUUAGCCCAUCCUCUUCCUUUCCACUGGACCCCUUUCCCCCUGGUACUGCAAAGGUCUGGCUGGGGUAGAGCCAGAGUAUCUGUGGAAACAGCUGUGGGGAGUGUGCCUGCCUUGUCUACCUGUCCUCCCUGUUUCCCGCUAUGCCUGGAGUCCCCACGGGCUCAAGUGUUGUGGGAGCUCGAGGCCUCCUGAGUGGGGGUGCCUACCGCUCCUUUUCUGGAGCACUCAGCCCUCACCAGUGUGCCAGACAGAAGGAGUAACUGUGUUUGUAUGCAUGUGCCAUGCCCAGACCUGUGCCUGGGACUGUGCAUUCAGUGGGCCUGGGCCGCAGGGCUCCGGAGCCUCUCCCUCCCUACCCAUACUGAGCCCGCCUAAGUGCCUGGGAUGCUCAUCCAGAUGGAGCCAGGCUGGCUGCGGGCUGCCUGGUAGCUGGGUUCCAGGAGCCGAGGGGAGUGACUGGGCACUGGUGCAGCGAUCAGGAAGACUGGACCCCUCAGGACCCCUUUCCCAUGUAGCGUAGCGGUCCUUGGUCCUCGGAGGUGCUGACCUUCUGAAGAGCCUUUGGACUUCUCUUCUUGCCACGAUCGCCCAUGCUUGUGGAUUUCCUCGGGUUUUAGCCAUUUCUCAGUGGGCACCUCUUAGCUCUCACAGGUGAGCCGAGGCUGCUCAGGCUGCGAUGCUUUUGCGUUCGUGCUUCUCUCCUGGCUGGGGGCAGCAGCCAGCUCCUCCUGUGGGUGAGGGCAGGACCAUUCUCUGUGGCCACGCCCCCAUCUCCAUUGUGUGGCCUAGGGAUGGGGGCAGUCUUUGCACCAAAGAUGUCCCGACUCUGCCCCUGCCCAUUAGCCACUGUACUGUCCCCCAACUCAGCCUGUGAAGGGAGGGGCUCCCCCAGGAUUGAGGAGCAGCGUGGGAGAGUCCUCUGUGUUAUGGUCCCACAUUGGCCCUCCCUUCUGGGGAGGAAGGGGGUGGCUCCUCAGGGUUGGUGGUGGAGGGGCCCCUGGGUCCUCUCCGGGCCUGGGGACAGGGCCCUGGGUGCCUGCAGCACCUGCCUUGUCUGUGAUGGUGUGUCCGACACUCAGACUGUUGUAAACUGUUGUUUUGUAUGAGCAAAAUUGUCUUUACUAAACAGAUUUAAUAGUUGA